AUGACCAUCCCAAAGCUACAGGAGUUGCCGGUCCCUCAUGGGGACCUGGUCAACUAUAUCCACAGCCACCCAGAGAAGAAGAUGGUCGAGAUCUUGGAGCCUUACCGCAAGUAUGAAGCUCAGCUCCGAUCUGUCUUCGCCCAAGAUCGACAAAACCCCGCCCUCGCUGACCCUCACAUCAACCUGUUGCCCCUCUUCACCGAGGAUACCAAGAACAUCAAGACCCGCGCCCGAUUUCUCGCCGCCGAAACCCAGGAGGAGAAAGACCGCUACAUCAUGGUCCUCCCGGACAAUAAGCGCCGUCCCAAUGGCUCUCCUGCCGUGGUCUCCGGUAUCAGGGAAUUCCAGAAGAACUUCAACAUUUUUUCUGAGUCUUCCCUUAUCGACAUGAACUGGGACAACGUUGUUGCUGCUGGGUCAUCCGUCAUCAACACUCUGCUGCCAGUUCCGCCCGAAUUCAACACCUCCAAACGCAAGCUUCGCGAGUACUACCACAAGAAGUUCUGUCCGGCGUCCGACGUUGAUCUGUUUCUGUACGGUCUCACCCACGAAGAGGCUAUCGAGAAGAUCAAGGAGAUCGAGACUUCAGUCCGCGAUGCUAUUCUGAGUGAGGUCACGGUUGUGCGCACAAAAUAUGCCAUCACCAUUGCCUCUCAGUACCCCACCCGCCACAUUCAGAUUGUUCUGCGUGUAUACAAGUCUGUAGGUGAAAUCCUCACCGGAUUUGACAUUGACGCAGCAGGUGGCGCCUACGAUGGGAAGCAGGUCUGGGUUACGCCCAGAGCCCUGGGAAGUUUCAUCACUCAAGUCAACCAAAUCGACCUCACCCGUCGAAGUCCUUCCUAUGAGAACCGGCUUUCCAAGUACAGCCACCGCAACUUCGAAAUUUACUGGCCCGAGCUUGACCGAAAACGCAUCGAUCCCACCAUCUUCGAGCGCAGCUUUCAAAGGACGCUCGGCUUAGCAAGACUCCUGGUUCUGGAACGACUCCCUACACAAUCUGUCCGUGAGACGUACCUUGACAAGAGGAGAGAGGAGAGAGGCCGUCCGGUGGCGGACCGCUUCAACCCCCAUCGCCUGAAUGGGAACAUCAAAGACAACUACGAGGACGAAGUUGCGGACUGGGUUGACGAAAACGAUGUCUCCAAUUAUCACACCUUCACUGUUCCAUACGGUCAGCACUUCCAUGCAAAGAUGAUUGAAAAGCUUUGCUACACUCGAGAUCUGCUUCUGAAUGCCGAGUGGAACCAGCAUGAGAACAGGGAGGUAUAUCUCCACCGGCAUCCCGCCUUCUUCGGUCGAGUUGAGGAUGUUAUUGAAGAUUGCUGCGGCUGCUGCCCAAAGCCUGUCACGCCUGAAGAGUUAGAAGUAGCCGAGAAGGAAGGCGAGAUCUAUAUCUCUGGCAAAGUCUCCUUUCUGAUUGAUGAUCCCGGUCGACAACAGAUCGGGUCCUUCAAUCCCUUAACCGAGGACGACUGGACCGACAUGGCAUACGUGGGAAACACUGCUCGCUUGUGCCAGAGCAUCGUCGAUGGCGAUGUCGAUGAGGUUCGCGAUUGGCUGUCACAGCAGGGCGCCGAUUCUAACAAUCGAGACUACACUGGACGCACGCCCCUCCACUUGGCGGUGACCAGCUCCACGCCCGAAGUCGUGAGUUGUCUUGUCGAUCAUGGGUCCCGUCUGACUGCACGCCUUGCCGACGGCAGGACAGCGCUGCAUCUCGCUGCCGAGCUUGGGAAAUCCGACAUGAUCAAGAUCCUGAUGGACAGGAGCAACCUCAACGAAGCGGAAGAAGAGGAGAAGGCCGAUCGCCGCCGCAAAGAAAUUCAGGCCAGGUCGCAGGAUGGCUCUGGCUCGCAGAAGAUAUCUAACCGGGUUGACGAAGACAUGGAUGCGAAGGGUGAUGAUAAUUCGAGCGAAGCUUCCGACAUUGAGAUGAUCGACGCGGGCAACACCGAAGCAGAUGAAACUUCUAUUGCCACUGGUUCUUUCGUUAAUGUCAAGGAUGAGAACGAGAAGAGUACCGUAUCCUCUCAGCAGAUCAGCCCGUGGCCCGUGCGGAUUUCACAUUUGCUGAGAGGAUACGGUAGGGAAGAUCUCGUCCUGGACGAGACGAACGAUGGACCCGAUUUCUACCAGAUCGACGUCUUGGCUUGGGACGUACCUUGUUCACCUCUUCAUCUUGCCAUCUCGGAAGGGCAUGAAGAUGCUGUCAAGGUUCUUUGCGAUUACGGUAGCGACGCUCUUCUUCCCGUCAAAUUUCUCGACUCAAAUAAGCAGCCAAAGGCGGCUAUCCUGACGCUGGUACUUGCGCUGUCACUUCCUAUCGAAAAGGCCAAGUCGAUGGCUCUUCUACUGAUGAAGCUUGGCGCCAGCUCAUCCCAAGCCGACAUGGAUGGUUGCACCGUUUUCCACCGUUACGUUGAGAACGGUAACCGGGAGAUGAUUGACACACUGUGGGAGAACGACAAAGUUGGCCUCAAGACCGCGCUGAACCACAUGGUUUUUGUUAACUGCUGGAGUCAUGUGGCAAUUGCGCCUAUCCAUACCGCGAUUGAGAAUGGUGAUUCGAUCCUUGCCCUCAAAUUACUUGAGGCCGGCGCCAAUCCCCAAAUCGAGUUCGAUACGUGGCUGAAGGCGGCUAAGUUUUCCAAGGCGUCUGGCAGGCUUGGUUCAUACGAGGACAACAAAAGGCAGUUUAACCAAUGGAACGAUCAGCCACUUAUCGUGGCUAUCCAGAACUGCUCUGAUCCCGAGGUAGCCAUAAGCUUGGUCGAAAAGGGGGCGGAUCCCAACACACUGACAAAGAACUCCUAUCCUGCUAUCGAGCAUGGGCACCGGGGAUAUUACCAUCAGAGUCAGACUGCUCUUGACCUUGUCAAGGAUCAGCUGGAGUGCCUUCGCAGUUACAAAUCCGAGAAGUUUACCCAGCCGAAGCCCGAGCUACCUUUGAGAAUGGACGAGUGUCUCCAAAAGUACGAAGAAGGAUCUUACCAACACUGGCAGGUAUCAGAAAACAUUGAUUGGCUUAAGAUUUCCCACAAGACACAACAAGAAUCCUACGAAAAGGGAAAAAAGGAGCACGACGAGCGGAAAGGCACUAUCGAGAAGACUGAAGCCAUCAAGGAGGUCAUUGCAUCGCUUGAGAAGCUGGAGAAAGCCAUCAUCGCGAAGGGAGGCAAAACGAUCGAGGAGUUGUACCCCAACAUCGACUUUCCUGACAACGGGCGUCCUGACAAGGGAUUUUCGAACAGCCACACAUCGGAGAUGAAGAAGGUCAACGACUACAACUAUGUGUUCUCCUUCCGCGGUGUUACUGAUGUAACUGAAGCUAGGAAGGCUGCGUACUUGGAGCUCUUCGAGGCCGCCUGGUCAGGUGAUGUCGAAAAGAUCAAAUCGUUGACGCUCCAGGCCUGGGGCAAGAACCAGGAGGAGCCGCCACUGAACAUCUCAGUGAACGACAGCAGUGAAAACACACCGUUUUCAUUGGCUUACCUCCGAGGCCACCACGAUGUUGCAUCGGUCAUCCUGGAGGUUGUCAUGGCCCAGUACGCCCCGGAGGAUCAGGAAGCAACGCGAUACAAGUUGGAUACCGGCCACUCCGAGGAUGAUGACGACGAUGAGACGUACAGGAGCGAUAUUGACUCCACCGAUGACCCCAAGAUCAUCUCUGAAAUCGUUGACAAAAAGUUCACUAUCGAAAACAUUGGCCAGGUUUCAAUGCAGGUCAAUUCCACUGUCAAGCCCUUGGAUUUCCUGGCCCGGAAUGUCCACACCUUCACGGUUGAGGACGGCAAGGCCAAAAGCAGCGAAGAAUUUCACCAGACAUUGUUCAAGUUCGUUCUGCAACACGACGAUCAUGCUGGGUUGAAGACGCUUCUUGACAUGGCUAGCCGCUUUUCUGAACAGAAGCUUGUCGGCAGGGUUCCUGACGAAGAUGAUAUGGGUGGGCACUUCUCGUUCCCCGAGAACGACUUCCUUUGGGCUGUAAAGAACGGAAAGACUGCCGCUCUUGCAGAGAUCAUCAGUCGAACCGGUGCCGGAAUCCCCCUUGACGACCUGGUCAAGAGAAGUGGAGUUGAGAUGAAGCAGAAGCGGAAGUACUACCAGGGUCUCACGGUCUACGGAAAGAAGAGAAAGGACUGGGCAACGGCCGGACGAAACACGGUGGUCCGGUCAACUGGAGUGAAGACACCGCCCCUUCUCCACGCUGCAGCUGCCGGGAACAUCGAGAGCGUCGAAUGGUUCCUCGGCGAUGCCCCUCAUCGACACUACGUAGAGUUUGGAAGGUCAAAAACAGCUCUCGAGGACUCGAAGCUGAAGCACAUCAGUCAGGGACCUGGCGGCUUUGACCGGGCCAUCUCCAAGUGGCUGGGUAUCCAAAACGAACUUGUUCUCCAUUGUGCUGUGAUGGGUCCUCCAACAGAGAAGACCAACAACGUCAUCAAGUAUCUCGUCCAGGCGUACCCCAAUUCCCUCGAGUACAAAUCGACCCUCGGCGACACACCGCUAUGGCUGGCCUUCUACUUUGGUAGACUCGAAUUCGCAAAGACUCUCAUCAAGGCCGGGGCAAACCAAAUGACACGAAAUAAUUCUGGAGAUAACAUAAUACACGCCGCAAUGUUGGGAAUGCCGAGGGCCAGUGAUCUUGGUCCAGUCCUAGAGCUCAUUGACUCUGGCAUCAUCGCUCACUUGUUCCAGCAGCGCAACAACAUCCACGAGAGCGGGACGACACCGUUGCAUUCGUGGAUUACCGCUGUCUGCAACUCACACAACAUGUAUACGUCCUACUACUACUUGUGCAAGAAGUACGACAGCAACGAACAGAUUAUUGACGUCCUAGACUUGCUUCUUAAGCUUUCGCAUGGUGCCGAACUUGAAAUGCUCAAUGGUGCAGGCGACACACCCCUCCACACUGCCGUCAUGUCCAACGACAAUCUCCUGGCCGAGGCUUUGGUCCGAUACAAGCCCAAGCUUCUCUACCGCGAGAACGCCGUCGGCCGCACCCCUGCCGAGGUUGCCCGCGAGAACGUCACCGGUGAGAAGUUUACCGCACCGGGACCCGUUGGGCUCAACGGCGGCAAGAAUCCCACCGAUUACGUCAACAGACCCAUCGAAUCCUUUGUUAAGGCAGGCGACGACAAGGAGAAGAGAAAGAGCAGCUCUCUCAAGCUCCCCAACAAGCAAAAGGUCUGGGAAAGCAUUCGCGUCUUCCUCGAACGACACCCGGACAAGCGCCGCCUUGUCUCCCUCAACGAGGCCAACGACGUCGCCAAGCGGCUGGGCGAAAAGUACAACGGGGCGCGGCAGGACGAAGACGCUGACCCGGAAGAGAAUGAGGCCGGCAAGGAGGACUUCGCGUCCAUGAUGCGAACCAACGGCAGCGGGCGCACGUGGUCGUUAACCGAGGACAAUGAAGGCACAGCUGGACGGUUGUGGCGUCGCAAGGUUUUACGUAGGCGAUGA